CUAGUAAAUAUUUAAGGCAAAGCCUCAAAAAAUUUUCUCAUUCAAACAACUUAUAAACUUCAAUAUAACAAAAUAAAAUCCAGAUAUGGAGAUGUUGAAAGGCUUCCUCUUUGCAUGGGUUAUUGCUUUUUCUUUAGCAACAAUAGCUGUUGCACAAAACGAUCCAUCAGGAUUCAUAAACAUUGAUUGUGGAAUACCAGCAGGUUCGAACUAUACAGACAUAAUAACAGGACUACCAUACACUUCAGAUGAAUGUUAUGUCAGCGGUGGGGUGGACAGCAAAAUAUCAUCUAUAUACGAACCCAAUUCCCCACAAAGGCAGUUCCUCACAGUUAAAAGUUUCCCUUUAGGGACUAAAAAUUGCUACACUCUAACCCCAAAUGAAGGGAAAUUUGGCAAAUACUUGAUAAGGGCAAGUUUUCUCUAUGGAGAUUAUGAUGGAAAUGCCCAAUUACCAAAUUUUGAUCUUUAUAUUGGAGGUGAUUAUUGGGAUACAGUCACAAUAUCUAAUGAGUCUACAGUAAUUAUGAAGGAAAUUAUACACACCCCUUCCACUGAUUCCAUAAGUGUUUGCCUUGUCAAGAUAGAUACUACAACUCCUUUUAUUUCAGCCUUAGAGUUGAGACCUUUGAAUACUACCAUUUAUCCAACGCUAAGUAAAUCAUUGAAACUUUUCGUGCGUCUCAACUUAGGCUCCUUAACCAAUCAAUACAUUAGGUAUGUUUCUUCAAUCCUUUUAAUUUUACAGGAUCAGAUUAUUUUUAUUGUUUUGCAUGUUGAUUAUCGUACUAGAUAA